AUGGAUGAGACUGGGCUUUACUGGAGGAUGAGCCCUUCAAAGGGCUUUACAACACGAUCAAUUCCAGGACAGAUUUCCGUCAAUCAUGGCUCCGCGCAAGCAGCCCAAGAAGACAGUGGCGCCUGUCGCCACCCCUCUCAAGCGCUCUUCCGCCCAGAUGUCUGGUCUCCCGAGUUGGAGUCACCUGCCACCCCUACUCCCUUCGGUCCUGCUUCCGUUGCGUCCACCUCUCGCCCUCGCACCGUGCGUCCCUACCGAUCACCUUCGGUUGAGGAUGCUCCAGAGGAGGAGGAGGAGGUCGCUGCUCAGUUGGCCGCCAAGGAGAUGCGUACGGCGCUGGGGUGGAAGCUUUCUGCGCGCCGCCCAGUUCCAGAGUCUGUUGGUCCCCUUCGCGCAGGCUCCCGCGACUGCUGCGUCAAGUGUUCGGUCACCUAUUACAACUAUCCUGGACAGAUCUGCUGGGUCCCUGUUGGCUUGGACAAGUGCGGCGACUGUCUCCAAGGAAACCACCGCUGCGUUCCGGUCGGUCCUGAUCAGAAGGAUGCCCUCACUGCCCUGCAGCUCAAGGCCGACGCCUAUUUGAACUGUUGCGCUGUGACGAGGACGCUGGGCUGGAAGAUGAUUCGGUCGCCACCCGUGAGGCUAUGGCCUCCCUCCUCUUUUGCCCAACGCGAGUUCACUACCGCUGAUAAGGGCAAGGAGCCUCGCACCCUGAAGGUCAAGAAUAAGGCCGUGACCCCAGAGAACUCACGGACAACCAGUGGAUCAGGGUUUGAUCCUGCAGAGCAAGCUGGUAAAGUCGCCGACGCGUUGGCGCCGAAUAGGAUACGAGAUCCUUAA